AGCCCCUCCACUGCUCCACCUUGGCCAUUGCAUUUCAUCUCAUCCCGUCCCAUCGCCUGCAUCUCGCUGCCCGUACAAGGUCAUGCCACUCAGGAAGGGAAUCACUGUCAACAACCACACGGGCGCCUUCGAAGACGACGACGAAGACUUCACUGACGACGACUCGGCCGGCAUCCAGGUAGUCUCGGCCAGCGACGACGAGUAUAGCACCUCGGAGGCGACCGAGGAAGACGCCGACGAGGAUCAAAGCGAAGACGACAUCCAAGACGACGAUACAGACGACAACGAAGAGGACGAGGGCUCGUGGGACUACAUCGACGAGAUCAACCCUUCCGACUCUGCCUCUCGCCCUCGCGUUGUCCACCGUCACCCUGCGCCACACCACGCGAUCCCCCCACCUGCUGUAGCCCCUUCACGAGCACCCCGACCCAAGCCCUCGCACCGAGACCGAGCCUCUUCACGCCACGCAGCCCCCGUACCAGACCCUCCCUCGCGCCUUCAGAGCCACAGCCGCAGCCGCAGCCGCAGCAAACUGGAGCGCGCACGCAGGCCGAGGCGGCCAAGGCCCCAAUCCGUCCACCAUCAGGACCCUCUCGACGUCGAGGAUGACGACGACGACUACCCAUACGCCCCAUCGGCUCGCCCUGGCCCCCCUCCCGGCCAUCCCAGUGCUGGCUGGGGCCACAUUCCCCAGCAUGCCCCCAACGGCUACGCUCCAAGCUUGAUGUCGGAUCCACGCUUCCCAUAUGCCUUCCCAGGCGGCGCCGCCCAGUCGCCUGCAGGCCAGCUGGUUCCUUUUGGCCACGACACACAUCCCGCCUAUGCUCAGAAUCCCUUUGCGCCCAAUGGACAGAAUCCGUUUACCCAAGGCCCCGCUUCGGCUGCAGAUCCGCGUGCCGGCUACUUUCCCGAAUAUCAGGACACCCGCCAUCAGGACUCGCGCCAGGCACGCAGAGGACAUCGCAACUCGAUGCCGCCAGCGCCCCCCGGGGACAUGAUGCCUUAUUCGCCAAUGGGCUACUACCCACCAUACGGCGCUCCGCCGUAUGGCAUGCCGCCUCACAUGUAUCCGCCUUAUGGACAUCCACAGCAUCCCUCCCCUCCGCCACAGCACCCUCCCUCGAAGCGGCCGACCCCGAAGCCCCAGCCCGAAGAAGAACACCAUCCGCCCGCUGCGCCCGCUCCACCCCCACCACCGCCACAAUCCCAGCCGCCUCAAACUCCGGCUAUGCAGAUGCAACUCCAGCCAAUGCAGCAGCCAAUGCAGCAGUCAUUACAGCAGUCAUUGCAGCAACAACAGAUGCAGCAGCAACUCAUGCAGCAGCCCAUGCACCAGCAGCUCAUGCAACAGAUGCACCCCAUGGCCAUGAUGCCUCCGCCUCCGCCUCCGCCUCAACAAUCUCCGCAACCCGACCCAAAAGAAGAGGGCAUGCUCUCUAAGCUCGAGAAGCUCUUGCUAGGCAAGGAGGAGGAAGAGAGAAAGGCAGCAGAGAAGGCGAAGAGAGACGCCGAGUUGGCCAAAUUUGACCGUCUAGAGAACCUGCUCAUCUCUCAACAAGAAGCCAAGAUAGAGAAAGAGAAGGCAAAGAAAGAGGCUGCCGAGAAGGCUGCACAGGAAGCUGCCGAGGCAAAGAAGAGGGGCGACGAGGAUAAGCUCGCCAAGCUCGAGACCCUCAUCCUUGCCCAGAAAGACGAGCAACUCAAGCGUGAGGCGGCCGCAGACGCGGCUCGUGCAGCCGAGAAGGCAGCUGCAGAUGCAGAGGCCACCAAGAUUGCCGAAGAGAAGAAAGCCGCUGCGGAAAAGGCAAAGUCACUGCUCGAAGCAGCGCAAAAGGCACGCGAGGAGGCUGAGAAGAAGGCGGCCGCGGAAGCGGAAGAGACCAAGAAGGCCCAUGAGAAAGCUUUGGCAGAGGCAAAGGCCGCUGCAGAGGAGCUGGAAAAGGCAAAGAAGGCCGCGGAAGAAGAGGCUGCGAAGUUGAAGCCUUCCGACGCUCCCAAGGCUCCAAUCAAGUUCAAGGACGCCGUUGGCCGCAAGUUUAGCUUUCCAUGGGACCUAUGCAAGACUUGGAAGGGUAUGGAAGAACUGAUCAAACAAGCUUUCCUGCACGUCGAUGUGAUUGGUCCUCAUGUUCAUGAAGGCCACUACGACCUCGUCGGACCUGAUGGCGAAAUCAUCCUGCCCCAGGUUUGGGAAACCAUGAUUCAACCUGACUGGGCCAUCACCAUGCACAUGUGGCCAAUGCCUGAGCCUCCACCACCUCCGCCCGAGCCGCCGAAGGAGGCAUAUCCUCCGCCACCGCCCCCUCCACUGGAUGCUCAAAUGUUCAUGUCAAGCCAUCUUCCACUAAAGGGAAAGGGCAAGAGGGACAAGAGCAGAAAGCGAGAAUCUCUCUCACAUGCACACGUUGUGCAACUCCCACCCCCUCCAGUCGGCUUGCCUGCAGGAGCAAUGGCUCCUCCACCGCCACCGCCACCUCCUGGGCAUCCUGCUGGCGGUCCGCUGCCACCCCCUCCCGCAGUUGUCGUUAUGCCUAGCGGUAGUGGCAGCUCUGGAAGUUCUUCUCGCAAGAAGCCCGCCCCGUCACCGUUCUUUAGAUGGGCAGCUGGUACCACCGCUCGCAAGGAUUCUGUCAAGAAAAAGAAGUGAGACUGAAACACAAUGCAGUUGAACCUGAAGCGGUGGUAUAUUGCGAUCGAUCCGGUGACACAUCCUGUGUUGUGUUCCUCGUUCGCGUCGCAAGUGACACCUUCGCGUCUUGUUUAUCAUCGUGUACAUGCGCUUGGCUAGUCUUAUAUCUCUUAGCCAUUUCCUCCGUGCUUCCUUCGCCAAGCUAUGGACAUGCUGUGGCAGCGUCAGGAACAGCGCGUUUUUGCUUUUCAAUUUAUCGUAUGUGGACUUGGGACUGUUUGUUUAUGAUUGUGCAGAAAAGCUCAGAUAUGUUGGUUUAGGCUACUUUCUGAUCAACAAGAUACCAUGGUCGUUUAGCGUUGUA